AUGUUUCUGUUUGAAACCAAUCAGCAAGCCGUUCGACACUUCUUUUGGCCGAUGCAACAGAAGCAAUCAGGCCGCUACUUCGAAGACCCGACGACACAUCUAUCUAUCUAUCUAUCUAUCUAUCUAUCUAUCUACCAGAGGAGGCAGGACUAUUCACAGUUGCCGCUGCAACAGUUCAACUGGCCACUGUUUCACCGGCAAAAUCAGUCGGACACCGCCACUGCGAACCCCACAGGAGCCACAUCCAGCACAACCCCAACCACCUGUGGCACAGAGAGUGGAACCCCAGCCUCUUCAACCAGUGAUACCGUAAGAGCAAGACCCCGGGGACGUACACGGACAACAUCCUUCUCGAACCCGUAUAACGUCAGAUCUGCCUUACAACGACACGAACAGUUGCAAGCAUCUUCGGGCAGUCACCCACCACAAAGCUUACCCCUCAGCUCAUUGCCUUAUUAUAAUUGUUACCCUAACCAAUCGUCAAUAUUCACAACCCAAUCGGCCAUUCCAGCGGCGUCGUCUGCCCAACCGACUAGCGACUCGUCUUCUGUUUUUGGCACCGACGAUCCGUUCGCUCCCCAUCCGUCGUGUUCAGUUUCCUCAACGAGUACAUCAGUGUCUGCCGUUGCCGCCGCCUCCACCUUCGCUUUUCCACUACACCAUCACCAUCGACCCCAACCGCAACAUCCAGAAUACUUGGCUCUUCUGCCACUCCGUCAAGGCACGGGGGCUAGCGGUAGUCGAGUCACACUUGGAAGCGAUCCGAAAAAUUGCAAAAGCGCUAACAAUCGUAGUUAUUUUUAUCCGCAAUCGUCCCCGGGGUUGGUUAGUUCUGGUCCCCUUGCAAAGUCGAGCACCCCCUUGUCUCAGACUACUCCACCACACCAUAAUCAUUAUCAUCAUCACUAUCCGAGUUAUUAUAGCCAGCUACAACACCAACAAGUUCAACAAAAGCCACCUACCCCACAACAAAGCCAAUCAAAACCACCCACCCCACAACAAAGCCAGUCAAAACCACCUACCCCACAACAAAGCCAAUCAAAACCACCUACCCCACAACAAAGCCAAUCAAAACCACCUACCCCACAACAAAGCCAGUCAAAACCACCCACCCCACAACAACAAUCUCAAACCACACCCCAGCAGCAAGUCCCUCGUUUGCUUCCGUCUCCCCAGCCCGUCAUAUCCCGAAACCUGUCAUUGCAACAAAGUUCAGAAGACGGAGAACAGGCUGACAACGACGUUUUCGUCACAGCAGAAGAUAAAAGCGACGGGGACGACGACGAAGACGAAGAGGAGGAGGAGGAGGAAGAAGAAGAGGAGGAGGAAGAAGAAAAAGAAGAGGAAGAAGAAGAAGAGGAGGAAGAGGAGGAGGAAACAGAGGAAUUGCAGUUGUUACACAGCGGCUACCACCACCACCACCAUCACCACCAUCACCACCACAGUAACAACAGCAACAAUAGCAAAGACCAUAGCCGAAGUUCCAGUGGAGGCGGAGGAGGCGGUGGCGGCGGAGGAGGAGGGGUCGCCUGUCGUAAGAAGAAGAAAAAAUCCCGUGGUGGAGGCGGCGGAAGAGACGGCGGAGGGCACGGUGACGACCAGCACCUGCAGCCCCUACUGUCCAGUCCUGAUCUUCGGGAUCAGUUUCACCAUCCGCAUCAUUAUAACCAUCGGCCCAAUUCACGAUUCGGGCGUAGCAACAAAGCUUCCCAGUACCAAACCCCUUUGCUUGCGAAACGGAACACCCGGCGCUUCCACGGGUCGGGAUACCAGACGAAAUUCGGUCGUCGGGCUUCCAAAUCUAUUACAUCUUGGUUGUCGACCGCCAGCGAGAUGAUAAACGAAAGACGCCACAAUACGACGGUCGGAAACUCGACCAGUCAAGGAGUGAGCACCGGUGUUGUGGGGUUAAUGGCAGCCAGCGCAGCAUCCUUUGCCAAUGCCGCCGAGCUUGUUGAAGGUUCUUGUUUCAACAACCAAUUGCAACAGCAGCAGAACAACAGCCAUCAUUUUAACCAAUUUCAACCUCAAAACGACAGCAUCAACAAUACAGCAGCAUCGUGCAAUUUACUUACACCGGAAGCAGACAGUGACCUCACUGAAAGCUUCCGGUCAGUUCGUGACGAACCUUACACCGGCUCAGCCGAGCACCUAUCUUCACUUGAUGGUGGUUUUGGAUUUGGUACCAGCUUUACAGACAACCGUCGUCGCAGUGGGGGUUCUCGAUAUGGCAUUGGGGGCUAUACUCCCAGUCUUGGUGGUUUUGGAGCUGGACCCGCGGUUGCAAACACCGCCACGACGAAUUCCCUGACAAGGAAACCUUCAAUAGGACCCGGAUCUUUGCUUACGCACAAUAAUCUGCUACGUCAACAGCAGCAGCAGCAACAACAGCAGCAGCAACAAACCCAACCGGAACAACCUUACUACCAGACGUAUCACAUGUACGAUCAAGAAUCACACGAUGAAACCGUCAUACUAAACGUAGGGGGCAAGAUCUUUGAGACGAAACGAGCGACCCUGUUUCGACUGCCUACAAUGAAACUGGCCAAGACGCACGAAAUGGAACGCCACUACCGGCCCGACCGGAGAGAAUACUUCUUUGACCGGGAUUCGGAGGCUUUUCGAAUUAUCCUGAAUUAUCUACGAACUGGGGAGCUGCACGUGCCAAUGUGCAUGUGCGGGCCUUCGAUUAAGACGGAAUUCGAAUUCUGGGGUAUCGAGGAACACGACAUUGAACGUUGUUGCUGGACUCAGUACAAUACGUGGAAUACACAGAGCAAGUCUCUCGAGAAACUGGAAUCGUUUCGCAAGACGUCGCUACCUCAAAACGGCUUGGCCAAUGAAAGACGUCUGUCGAAUUGGACAAGAUACCAAGGCCGAAUAUGGAGUUUUCUUAACGACCCGACUUCGUCAAAAUAUGCUCAGGGACGCCUAUCUCAAUCUUUUUUUUGUAUCUAUACUAAUAUUCUGCGUUUGUAUCAAUAUAUUUUCUUUCUUUCUUUCUUUCUUUCUUUCUUUCUUUCGUUAUUUGUAAAUAUUUCGGAAGUGUUUUAA